CAGAUUCAAUUUAUACAUAUUCAGAUAACAUUGAAAACCCUCCUUAUUUUCCAUUAUUCUUGACCCAGAUAAUAUUAGGAGUAUCAACUUUGGCCUUAUCAUUCUUGUAUGCAUUCCUUCCAGCACUAACACUCCACACAUCUAAACAUAAUUCAUCAACGAAACAACACAUAAAUGCACAAUCAGCAUCUGCGGACGAUUUCAGAGAUUUCAAUCAUUCGCCAGUGGAGAAUGCAUUAGAUCUCAUUGUACGUAAUUUGCUAACACUGGCAAUCAGCUUCCCACCACCAAGCAAAGCUAUCAAUCUAAUAAAAAAGAGAAUUAUAAAUAGAAGAAUGUCGAGUUUUAUUAUCACUGAUUCCACCACUAUAGUUGCACCUAGAAAUGAUUAUUCCUCAACUGAAAGGACCUUAAGCAUCAAGGAUAGCAAUAAUAAGUGUGAUGUUACUGUUAACGUUAUUAUUAAUGAUAAUAAUGAAACAAAUGAAAAAUUUGAAUUUUGA